AUGAUGUGCCUCCUUGUUGGUUUUAUCAUUAUACUAUAUAUAUUUUAUCGUUUGUAUCAACAUUUUUUUCCAACACCAAAUAUCAAUCCUAAUGGUAAAUAUGUUCUUAUUAGUGGUUGUGAUAGUGGAUUUGGUCAUGGAUUAGCUAUUGAACUUGAUAAACAAGGUUUCAAUGUUCUUGCUGGUGUCUUUCUUUCUGACAAUGUUGCUUCUCUUAAAGAAAAACUUUCACCGAAAGCUACAGUUUUUCUUCUUGAUAUUACUAAACAAGAAGAUAUUGAUGGUGCAUUUGAAUUAGUCAACAAAAAAACAAAAGUUCUUCAUGCACUUAUUAACAAUGCUGGUAUAGGUGUAGCUGGUCAUAUUGAUUGGACAUCAAUGGAAGAUAUGCGUAAAAUUAUGGAUGUGAAUUACUUUGGACAGGUUGCAAUGACAAAGAAAUUUUUACCAUUACUUAUUGCUAAACGUGAUUCACGUGUUGUUAAUAUUUGUUCUGCAGCCGGUUAUCUCUCAUUACCAAGUGGAUCUGCUUAUUGUGCAUCAAAAUAUGCCUUUGAAUCAUUUUCAGAUUGUUUACGUCGAGAAAUGGUUCCAUGGGGUUUACAUGUUAGUAUUAUUGAGCCCGGUGCAAUGCGAACACCUAUUCUUCAAUCUGGUCCUCAAACAUUUCCAGAUUUUCGUCGCACGGUUUCCAGUGAUGCUCAAGAACGAUGGGGAGAAGAUUUUAUUAAGGCUACAUUUGAUACAAAAAAAAACAACCCAUUUUGGAAAUAUGCUGAAGAUCCUAUGAAAGUCAUUCGAGCUGUUCAACAUGCUGUUAUAAAUACAGCUCCUCGUAUUCGUUAUCGACCUGGAUGGCAAGCAAGUCUUAUUUUCUUUCCGAUUUCGAAUUUACCUGCUUGGAUUGUGGAUUGGCUUUUCAGUCAAUUAGAUAAAUCACAUCAUGUUCCUGCAUUUGUUUCUCAACAACUGAAAGAUUAA